GUUGUCUUUCGAUUGAGAACGGACCUCUCUAAUAUGGCGGAAGGAUUGACUAGCAACGGCUUCCUGUCCGUCGUCGCCUUAGUAACCAGUUAGUUUUCACUGUAAAACAAAUAUCUGUGUAAAGGAUUAAUGGCAUUUUUUUGCUGCUAAAAAAGAACCAGUCCGCUCUGAUUGUACAUUAUAAACGCCGAGAUGAACUCAAAGAGACUUAAAAACAUUAUGGCCCGGCGAACAUCCACCUGUCCCAAGGUUCCAAAAAAAUCAUUCAAGAGCUCUGGAAACUACAUAGAGAGGAUGCCACCAGAGGUCACUGAGAAAAUUAUUUCAUAUUUGGAUGCUGGAUCUCUUUUCUGCCUUGGCUUAGUCAACAAGCGUUUCCAUGAACUGGCUGACAACAAUGUCGUGUGGUAUCGCUUUUACACCUGGCAGCGAGCAAAAACGAAGACAUCCAGGCUAAUAAAGGAUGUGACAGAUGGAGUGGACAUGGCCAGAAUUCAGGAAAAGCCUAAGGGAUACUGGAGGAGAAUUCUCUUUAAAGAACUGGCCAUCCAUAAUGAGAGCUGGAAGAAAAAACUCAAAUCCAUUCAUUCCUACACUGGGUUGCCAGUUCGAACAGCCGAAGUCCUCAGGAGUUUAGAUGUCAUGUGGGAGAUUACAGUGAAGGACGAAAGAGGACGUGAGAACAGAAUUAAACACACUCAUGUUUACUUCGGCGAAGCCUCUCUGACUGUUGGCUGGAGUUCAGGAAACUGGCCAACUCUGGAUAAACCUGCAACACUAGAGCUACAUGGAGUAAAGCUUGUGCCCAUUAACUGUCCAAUCACAUGCAGACCAGGCUGGAGAUCCCUCCUAAGUAAAGUGGUGGUGAAGAAGGAUGGUGGGAAACUGUACGGUUCAGACAGACUCAUCUCUUUGCUGUACAUUGAGAAUGGUGUAACUGUGGGGGUUUGGCAGAAGCAACAGGAAAUUGCAUUUGUCCUAGUAAACUUACAUUCUCACAGACUUGUGGAAAGAAAUCUUCUGGGGUCAUCCACUACUCCGUAUGAGGCAACAGACGUGCAAGCCACUUUUGAUGACAUUGAUCCUGAUUAUGGCUUGCAUAGCUACAACAUGCACCUCGAGCUGCACAACACAGAAGACAGCAUUGCGUCAGUGAGCUUUUCGCAGCUAUUCUGCAGGAAAGAUCAGAUUGCUGAUGGUUAUGUCUCUUUGCAAGUUAUCAGUAAGCAAAACAGAUCACGACAAAUGCCUCUGUGUGGUAAUAUCAGCCUGCCUUGGAGGACCGAGGCACUACAGGGACACGUAGAGAACUGUUGCAUGUUGACUCUCACUGUUCUUGCUGAAGCUCAUACACCGUUUUGGUGUGUUAGUGCUCCUGUAUCCAUGACUAAAUCAAAGCACAAAGAAGUAUCAUAUGACUGUAAAGGAGAGAGCUUCUUUAUGGAAUAUCAGGACUCUGAUGGAAAGCUGGAGAUUGAGCUGGAGUGGAUGGAGGAACAGAAACAGUUUGUCAUUGUUAAUUUAAUCCUUUUUCUUUCCGUUUGCAAAGUGAACAGGUACUUUAGAAGGGAUUAUUGAUACUCAUGGACAUUUUACCUUGUUAAGUAAUUCAUACAGUCGUAUGCAAAAGGUUAGGAACCCCCGACAAUUUCCAUUAUUUUCAUUUAUAAAUAUUUGGGUGUUUGGAUCAGCAAUUUCAUUGUGAUCUAUCAAAUAACCGAAGGACAAAGAAAUAUUUCAGUAGUGAAAUGAGGUUUAUUGGAUCAACAGAAAAUGUGCAAUAUGCAUCAAACCGAAAUUAGACAGGUGCAUAAAUUUGGGCACCCUUGCCAUUUUGUUGAUUUGAAUACCUGUAACUACUUAGCACUGAUUAAUUGGAACACACAAUUGGUUUGGUGAGCUUAUUAUGCCUUGAGCUUCAUAGACAUGAGAAAAGGUAUGAGAAAAGGUAUUUAAGGUGGCCAAUUGCAAGUUUUCUUUGGCUCUCCUCUGAGUGGCAACAUGGAGGCCUCAAAACAACUCUCAAAUGACCUCAAAACAAAGAUUGUUCAACAUUAUGGUUUAGGGAAAGGCUACAAAAAGUUAUCACAGAGAUAUAUGCGGAAAUUGUCAGAGGUUCCUAAACUUUUGCAUACGACUAUUCAUGACACUUCUGUAUAUACAACACUUUUUUGGACUGUGAUGUUUUCUGAACUUUUUAUCUAAAAAAAAAAGGAUGUGAUUACAGUGCAUUUUUUUUUUGUUCUUGGAAACUGGAAGCCAGUGUCUAUUAGGGCUUACAUCCCUGUUCCUAAAGUCCCACAAGGAAACAGAUACCGUUAAGGCAUUACUGUCGUUUAGCAUUAUCAGCAUUCCUCUUAGAUGCUGAUGUCUUAAGACAGUUGUUUAAUGUAAUAGCUCUCGGCUGUAGGAGGAUUUUAUCGCUGACGCCACAACGCACUCACACCGUUAAAACAACAUUUGGCUGCGAUUAGUGAUGGAAGGCAGUUUUGAAGCAUAAACAUCCCCUCUGGAUUGGGGCAUAAUGGGAUUGGGUUUACUCCUCAGAGGUCACUUCAACCUUGAAAACCUGCUUUUUAUCAACACCAUGCUGGCAUUUUCAUUUUCUUCAGCACAUUGUUAGGAGGCGCGAAGCUGUAAAAACGGCUUCUGUCACAAAUGUUACGACCAAAAAAAGUAAUUAGAUUGCUGGGUGUGAGAAAGCUAUGCCUGAAGGUUAACCAUUCUUUAUCUUUGAAAUGUGUUUUAUUAAAGCGUAUUAAAAAGAGUCGGGCGGUUUAUCAAACUUUUUUUUUGCUAGAACAUCAUAAUCCAAGGCCUGUUUCUGGAUGUAUAAAUAAUAAAUAAAUAAAUAAAUAAUCCUCUGGUAUGGUUUUCUCUC